AUGGGUAGCCUGCUCGCUCGAUCUACGUCGAGAUUCCAGCAACAGAGGCGAAGGCGGAGAAGGACUUUUCUCGACCUUCCGUCUCCAGCUCUCGCCACCGUUCAAAAGCAGGUGCUAUAUAUAUCCUCCUUGACUCCGGCCCUGAGCCAAGAGGCUGCCUUCACGGACACUACACAGUUCUCGUUGCGCCGAGUUCCAAUAAACUUCGAAAGAAGGGGCGCAACAGCCCAAGCAAGUUGUCCGAGCCUGUUGACGAUGUUUUCAGGGAUUGACGCAUCGCCAUCACGGCCGAUCGCCAUCUCGAACUCAUACACCGGCGUAAUGGUUACUCAGAACUCUGAAAAUCGAGCUCACUACAUGCUCCAACUCCAAGAAGUCGUCAGCCUUGUCCACGAACACCAGCCCACCGGCUCGCGGGAUCCAGGCCAGCCAUAUCAAGCGUGUCAACCCCUUCAACCUCCUAGAGCGUGUAAUCCCGGUCGUCGCCUUGCUCCGCGGCGCUUAUGUGGCUCCAGAAGAAAUCCCAAACAUAAAAAAUCUAUAUGA